AUGAUCGACACCAAGGCCCAGAAGGUGUGCUUCGCCGAGGAUGGAAGCGACGUCGUGGAGUUCCUCGCGGGCCUCCUGUCCCUGCCGCUGGGCACCGUAGUCGACCUACUGACCAAGGAGCGCAUGGUCGGCUGGAUCGGCAACGUGCUCGGCAGCGUGGAGAAGCUAGAUGCGAACUACAAGAGCAAGGAGUUGUGCCUUAGCCCAGCCGUCACCCCGGCCACGAUCCCCCUCCUAAAGCAGCUGUUGGGCACACAACUCAGCAACGGUACUGACACCUUCUACACAUGUGAAGGCCGUAAAACUGGCGCCUACCCAGGCGUAGGCACUAGCUGUGGAUAUCUAUCGGUGAUACGUAACAGAGUCUGCCCUAGAUGCAACUGUUAUAUGCACAGGGCUAUGACGCUCGCCGCCGAAACGAAUGGGACCCUGGUGGCCGCGGCACCAUCGACGACCACGCCGUUACCUGUGGGCAUGUACACUGUCGGGGAUGACCUGUCUGUGACUUCGGCCUCUUUUUUCGCGACGAUCUCGCUGUUGGGCAUCAAGGACCUCAGCGCCUUGCAGGAAAAGACAGUGAAGAUCGGCAAGGAAGAGGCACUAGAGAUAUUUGCUGCUUCCCUGAAGUCCAAGACCGUCCUGUCGGAUGUCUUUCUGCCGAAGAAGAAUGCUCACCACAAGAGAGAACAUCCUGAGGGAGUCAUUCAUGUAUGA